AUGUCCAUCCCGCGCGCCAUCCGCAAGGUCUUCCUCGCCGUUGAGCAGGCCGAGGGCGCCGGCGCCCGCGUGCGCCGCUCCAUCGGCACGGCCCAGCUACGCAAUUUCUCUCCCUUCCUCAUGCUCGACCAUUUCAGCAUUAAGCCUGGUGCUGGGUUCCCCGACCACCCUCAUAGAGGCCAGGAGACCAUCACGUACCUGCUCACUGGUGGUGUCGACCACGAAGACUUCGCCGGCCACGCCGGCACUAUCGAGGCUGGCGACCUACAGUUCAUGACCGCCGGACGCGGAAUCAUGCACGCCGAGAUGCCGCGCCAGAACCCUGACGGCUCCGCCAACGUCGGCCUCCAGCUCUGGGUCGACUUGCCUGCCAAUCUCAAGGCCUGCGAACCACGCUACCGCGACCUACGCGCCCGCGAAAUCCCCGCCGCGGACAUGGACAACGGCAAAGUCCACAUCAAGGUCAUCUCAGGCCAGGCCGGUGGCGUCGAUAGCGUCAAGGACCUCGCCUACACGCCCGUCUGGAUCCUCGAUGUCGAGAUGAAGCCCGGCGGUAAGCUCGCUCAGCCCUUACCGCGCGGCUGGAACGCUUUCUCCUACCAGCUCGAGGGUUCCGCCGUCUUCGGGUCCGGCGACGCCAAGCGUACUGUCGCCCAGUACCACAAUUGCGUCUUUGAGCCAGACGGCGACAUCGUUACUGUCGAGGUGCCCUCAACCGCCAGCGAGAAUGCCCGCUUCGUGCUCAUCGCCGGCCAGAUCCUCAACCAAAAGGUGGUCCAAUAUGGACCUUUCGUCCUGAGCACACCCGAGGAGGUGCGCCAGGCCCUGAUCGACUACCAGUUCCACAUGAACGGGUUUGAGCGGGCCAAGGACUGGCGUAGUGAAAUUGGCAAGUCGAUGGCUAGUUGA